CGUCAUAUUGCAGCGUUCCGCUUUCGAACAGAACGGUAUGUGAAGCGUUCCCGUUGCAUUUUGUGUGUGUGUUUCGUGGGUUGGGAUAAUAAUCACAAUGAUCAUGAAGUGGACUUCUGCUAUUGUCACGCUGAUUGUUGCCUUCGUCGUUUCCGUUAACUCUGUCCACGGUGAAGCCACAGCAUCCGUCGAAUGCUUGCAAAAAGUAGUGAAAGGCGAGAGGAUGGAACUGACGUGUAGCAUAGCAGGAACCAUACAAUCAGGGAUACUAUGGAUUCGACCAGACGGAAGUAAGGUAGUCGUCUGCAAUGCCAACAGCACUGAGUGUCGCUCGGUGGAUCCCGCCAAAUAUGAAGGGCACUACGCCGGCGUUGUUGAUUCGCUGUCCCGGCACACCCUGAUAAUCAAGUCGUUCAACCCGGACACUGACGCUGGGAACUGGGGCUGCAAGGAUGGCCCGUCAGGGAAACAAACCGCGUGUAAGAAGUCGGACAAAUUGUUAGUAAUAAGCUCCGAAGCCGCAGGAGGAAAGUAUGGUGAACGUGCCCACGUGACGUUAGCUUAUGUACUUAUCUUCUGGAACGUUGCCAAACUGGCCGCGAACCUGCAGAUCACUUCGUCCAUGUUCUUCAACUAGGUCAACUCUGAAGGCGGUUUUCACUCGGCCAUCUUAUAAAGACUGACCAAAAACAUGUUUAUAGUGAAAACAGGACACUUUGUUUUUUCCACUGAAUACGGUGUCCAAUCUCUAUUUCACCUAUGUGUGUAUGCGUAUACGUGUGAGUGUCUAUGUGUGCGUGUGAGUGUGUGUAUGUAUAUAUAUAUAUAUAUAUAUAUAUAUAUAUAUAUAUAUAUAUAUAUAUAUGUGUGUGUGUGUGUGUGUGUGUGUGUGUGUGUGUGCGUGCGCGCGUCUGUGUGUGCCUAUGUAUGUUCUGGCGCAUAUGCAGGUCUGCACGAACAAGAUCUGAAGUGGGGUGCACAACUUCUAGGGGAGAGGAAGGGGGGGGGGGGGGGGGGGGGGAGGCGCAUAUAUUUAUCUUUACCAUAAAUUGAUGUUUGUGCAUUAAUAAAUUGCUUUAGUUGCAUGAUGCUACCUGAACUUUGACCAUUUAUUAGUCUAUUAUCUUGUUUAUCAAAACUGAUGAAGUUCACUCGAUUCAAUUUGAUGCACGGAAAAUUAAUACAAGGUCAUUUUAAUUGAACUGUGCACGGCAAAAACAUGAUAAAUAGCUUCUAAACACAGUGCAUUAUACACGGGCAAUAGUACUACAUAACCAGUAGGUUGUUGUAAAUUUGUGUUAUUUAUAUAUUUUUUCAUCCAUCAACGUUUUGCUCCUAAAAUAAAAUAUUUUGCUCCCGUU